AUGAACAAAGCAUGGUGGAACGAGUUCUUAUGCAUUCUGUGCUUGGGAGUUGCAACAAUGUGUCUUAUGACCGGAUAUGAUACUCAGUCCUUCAUUGUCGAGUCAAUUCUUCAUUCCGUUCAUAUGCGGGAACCAUCGAGCAUGGAUAAACAUGCAGGUUAUUAUGGGCAAUCAAUGCUAUACGCGGCGUAUACGCUUGCGACCUUAUUCGCUCCUUGGGCUUGCUACCAAAUUGGCUCAAAAUGGACACUGUUCGCUGGAAGUGCGCUCUUCACUGUAUAUCAAGCCGGUUUCUUCAUGUUGAAUUCGUAUUACUACUAUGUGUCACAAGCUCUUAUGGGCAUUGGCUUCGCAAUGUAUUACUGUGGACAAGGUCUCUACAUGUCUGAGCACUCUACACGAGCAUCGAUCGCUCGUAACUCAACGCUAGUCAGCGCAAUUGGGAACUGCAGUAUGCUUGUUGGAGGAGUGGUCAUGUUCAUUAUUUUCUACAUAAGAGAACAAAAUAAGGGUGCAAACGAGAUGCCUAGUGCUAUUGAUACACCAAUCUAUCGGAAUUUCCUGAACAACGAGAUAUACAUAAUUUAUGGAGUUCUUCUGACGUUUUCCCUUGUAUCAAAUGCUAUUUUUGCUGGUAUUUCGACGAAAAAAAUCGACGGAUGCGAGAAAUUGGAAAACAUAGACAAGUCAACGUUCCGGACUCAACUUGCGAAUAUCAUAGAUACGGCUCGCGAACCGAGAAUGAUUUUACUUUCGAGUUUCUUUGCAUUCUACGGGUUUUCUGUAUCCUACUGGUUAGGAUCCUAUCCUACAACGUUUGCGUUCUCGAAAGCGCUCUCAAAAAACGUCUACUUACCAGCUUACUACAGCUUUAUGGUGGGUCUCGGAAGUGUUACCGUCGGCUUCUACAUUGCCAUUUUCGACAAGUGGUUCCCCAAUUUUGGUCUAAUUCCAACCAUGGUAACCGAAAUCCUUCUCAGCGUCCUAAUGUACUUUCUAACAAUUGCAUCAACUGCUAAUUUGUCCACUAUACAGACAACUGAUGAUAUGUCUAUGUGGAUUACACCAUCGGUUACCGUAUGCUGCAUACUCGGGCUGUUGAACGGUGCGAUUGACUGCUGUUCUUGUACUAUGCGUGCUUUAAUAUGCACCAUUGCUGUGCCGAGGAAACGACUCCAAGCUUACUCCUUAGCAAAGCUAUAUCAGUCUGCCGCAUCCUGUGCUGCGUACUUUUUAUCACCCCAUCUUACUGUACGAUCAUGGAUGAUGGUUUUAGCAGGAAUCCAAGUCUUCUCAUCAGUCGGUUUUAUCAUCGUUUCAAAACAAAUUUUGAAAGAAGAGCUGAUUCAAAAAGAAGGACGAAGAACCUGUUCCCAGAACAAAAUUAGACCAGCGGUUUAA